CGGCCAGCAAUCGAAAACACGUGGAGCGCUUUAAGACAUCGCGUGCUGCACCAGCGGGUUACAUUCUCGCUGUGUGUAGAAACUCUCCAGGCUCUGCCCGGGCACACUUCACAGGAAGGAUUUUUGAACACACUACAGGAACACUUGCACAAGUUAGUGAACCGCCAUGGCUUUUCUGGCCGUCCCCAUCGCUCUACUGGCCAUGUUUCAGUUUGUCAACGCUGGCAAUGACUAUUCUAACCUUGUUACAGCACGCUGCGACAAGGCCCCGGACGUGGACUGGACAGAAAGCAUCAAUGCUUACCUUCGGCGGAUACCGGACACAAUUACAAUUCCAGGCCCCACAGAGAAGACAUGGAUAAUGGGAUUGAAAACCUCUUCAAUCGAAGUGACAGGCCUCGGAAAUUUGUGGGCGUACAAGCCACCCCAUAGCUUUUGUGCGUCUAACCGCACCGUCAUUGAAGCUGUGGUGUUCGCUGGCGAUCCUCUGGGGAUCAAAGUGGAGUGGAAGACCUGUACAGGAAGCAGAGGCAAAUUAGGCACAAAGGUUUCUCCAAGCAAGCUGCGGAUCUACUUCGUUGCUGAACCAACACCUGAAGACCCUUACCGGAUUCGGCUGCAAAACAUCGAACCCGACAGCCUUGAUGACCCCCAGUUGUACCUGACAGGAGCGCACCCAGCAAUUAUUAGUUUCGUGCAAGCUCUCGGAAUCGUAGGCAUGCCCCACCUGCAGCUGCUGUGGAGCAGAUUCAUUCGUGUGGAUGUAAUGAGCCUCAUUAGAGACGACCUCCAGAUCUAAGGAAACGUUAUCAGUGCAAAAACAAGAUAUGGUCCCUGAAACAUAGUAAGAUGGAGUUGCCUUACAUCAUGCAGGUUCCCUUUUGAUUGACGCAAUUUCAUUCGUAUCUUGAGGAGCUUUGUCGUAGACUAAACUAUAUUGACGAAAAAUUAGGUGAGUAAAGCGUCAGCAAGUUCUUGCCACAAUAGUGUUACGGAAAUAAAGCUCUGCUUUCUUCUCAC